GUCCCGGAGCCCGAGCGAGUUCCAGGGCGGCGAUGGCUUCCAUGGCGGCGGCGAUCGCGGCGUCCCGCACGGCGGUCAUGAACGGCAACCGGCCGCUGGACGAGCGGGAGCGUAAGCGCUUCAGCUAUUUCUCGUCGCUGAGCCCCAUGGCUCGCAAGAUCAUGGCGGAGAAGGAGCGCAUCCGCGAGCGCUACGGGCCCGAGUGGGAGCGGCUGCCGCCCCGCCAGCAGGACGAGAUCAUCGACAAGAACCUGGUGGAGCCCCACGUUCAGGCCCGGUACGCGGCGCACCGAGGGGCCGUCCGAGGCGCCGCCCCGCCGCCGGUCUGUUACCCGAACCUGCGCCUCAACACCGGCCAGAAGGUGGUACACUUCGGAGACGAGGAUAUCACCUGGCAAGAUGAACACUCUGCCCCUUUCUCCUGGGAGACCAAGAGUCAGAUGGAGUUCAGCGUUGCUUCUCUGUCCAUACAAGAACCAGGUAGCGUGGCAUCUCAAAACGAACAGAAACCACCCAUCAAAACCGCUCCAGGCCCUCCGCCCCCCAAACCCGCACAGAUUGGGAAAACGCCGAGUUCAGAUGGGCUUCUACCCACCAGGAAAGAGGAGGAGUCUUCUUUCUGGAAGAUAAAUGCUGAGCGUUCCAAGUGCGAAGGGGAGCAGUCUCAGUUCCAUUCUUUGACCCCGAGCCAGAUCAAAUCCAUGGAGAAAGGGGAGAAGAACCUCCAGCCUUAUUACAGGCAAGAAUCUGGCCCGAAAGAGGCAGCGAAAGCUGAGAAGCCCAGUGUUCCUAAACCCGAAAAGCUGGCCGCCCCAGUUCUUGCCACGACGGCAAUAGAAUGGGAGAAACCUCAGAUUGGUCAGCCUUCAGUUCACGCCCUCAAUGCUCGUCCUGAACCAGUGGAAAAACCGUCGUCCCCUGGGGCCAAAAACGAAGUCGCCGGUGAUGACUUGCAGACGUUUGGUCAGAGCAAUGCAAGUAAUGUUAUCUUGAAGACAGGAUUUGAUUUUCUAGACAACUGGUAAAGGAAAACCAAAACAACAGCUCAAGUUUGGAGAAAGAGAAGGAACAUCUCUCUCCUUAUUUUGUGUUUUGUUUUGUUAUUGGCUUCUAUGUGUUCUUAAAAAUAAUGGGUUUUUUCCAGCUCUUUUUAAAUGUUGCAUUUGUACUAACACUUUUUGUAAAACCUGAUGGGUAUUUGUAUUUUGGAACGGUCCAGUGUUAGAAGUGUAUUUUAUUUUAUUUUAUUGUAAAUACUCUACAGGUUGAAUAGACUUGCUGAGGAUGGGCACGAUACACUUCCUAAUAAUUGUAUGUAUAUUAAGGACAAGGUAGAGGGUCUGGCCAGAGAGAGAGGUUGAAGCUACCUAACGGAGAGACCCACUUUAAUUUUGUACACUACAUGGGCUACAAGAUGAAUUAAUACAAAGAAGAGAAGCAUUUAUAGAGAGAAGGGGUUAGAUCUGGAUUCUAUGGAAGCACAAAGCUCAAAUACCAAAAUUUGUCAUGUCUCUUUCAGAUAAAUUUUGCAGACAGUGAGGCUUACAGAUACUUUACAUUUUUAUUCUUGUGUGGGUAUAUUUAGCUUGACCUGGCUUAUUUUCUGUUGUUGUUUACCAGUUUGUAAACUUUUGAGCAGUGUUCUUAUGGUGCGAGAUAUAUUUUUUUUAAAUGGACCAGCUUUGCCAAAGGGGAAUGCUUUGCAUACAGAAGGUCCCAGGUUCAAUCCCUGGCAUCUCCAGGUAGGACUGGAAAAACUCCAGCCUGAAAAGAGCUGCUGCCAGUCAGUGUCAACAAUACUGGGCAAGAUGGACCAAGGCAGCUUCCUAUGUUCCUAAGGGCAUAGCUGUCCUUGAGCUAAUAAUUCUCUCAAAGUAAAGCAAAUGGAGGAUUGGGGCAGGCAGAGAGAACAACAUGAAAAAAUAUGAAACAUAUGGGACAAAGCUGUUCCUUUAUUUUUUUAUAGAUUUCAAAUCGCUAGAUAACAAAAUCUUUGGGGGAAUAUAACCUCAAAAGGUAACCAAUUCUCUUGAUGCCUCUUGGCAUUUCUUAUAAGAGUGGCAAUGGAGCAAGGCACUGCAAUCUCUAGUGGUGUCAAUCCUCCCACCCACCCUCCAAGAAUUUUACAGUAAUCCACUGUGUUUGUUGCAAAGAUUGUGAGAAUAUUUGGAGGUGGGGGGGGGGGGAGUUAAACCAGUUUUAAUAAAAAUGGCAUCUUUUGAAGGCAUGACUUAAUUUCUGGUGCUACUUCCUUCAGUGGGACUAGAACUCUAACUUGUCACACACUCCCUGAUGUGCUCAAUUUUUGUAGUUGUUGUGGAUUUUACUUACAGGGAGUUCUUUACAUGGGGGAACAUUCAAAAAUGACUUCUCCCACCUGUAACUUGAAAUGAUACAGUCCAAUCUACCACCUCAGAAUUCUACCACCUCCUUCUUGUGUGUGUGUGUGUGUGUGUGUGUGUGUGUGUGUGUGUGUAUGUAUGUAUGUGUUUGUAGGCCAGGCCUCAUUCUUGUCUAGGGUUUAAAAUAGACAUGAAUAAAAAUGCCAUGUCCAUUGAGUUGCCAUCUUGAAAGUGCAUUGUGGUUUUCCAGCCUGCCUCAACUCUAUCCCCAUCACCUUCAAGCCUUAAUUUCUCCUCUACGCACAAAAUGGUGGUUUGUCCAAUCCAGUACCAAAAGUGAUUGACCUUCUUCUUUUGAACCUCAAGAACUGGAUUGCCAGAUUAUUAACCCAGUACAGGGGCUCAUUGUGCUUAUUGACCUCUGAUGCCAUGUGGAGCUUUCACACAGUUGCAUCGGGUUGAAUAUUUGUGGGACAAAAAGCAAAACUCAUGCCUUCUGUCUGGGCCCGCUCACAUAAUUAUUUAAGCCACAGUGGGUGGACACAUGCUGGUGGACAUUUUGAAUCUUCAGUCCCAGGCAUUGCCAUGGUAUGCUGUGUCAUCUGAACCUGGGUGGCAUGGCUUAAUGGUGAGAGAGAAAAACCUCCAAUUGUCCUACAACAGUCUGUGGUCUCUCUAUUUAAUGCUAUUUGAAAGGUCAGUUACUAGUAGCCUCCUCCAUAGCAACUGUAAGAUAAGGCCAUAGCAACCUUAAAGACCUCUAUUGUCCAGACCUGUGACUAGUGUGAACUAAAAUCUCAAGAUUCAGGUUACACCUACAAUAAAAUGUGUGUCACUCUAUUCUGUUUCAAUCCACUUCAUGUUCAUCCAGUCUGCUGCUGUCUUAAACAUAGUCUGCAGGCAGACAAUGAAGGUAGUUGUGUGGACCAAAAGAAAAAAAAAUCCAAAAUCUUUAUCACUCUAAAAGGCCAAUUCCAAAGUCACAAAAUACUGGGUAAGUUUUCAGAUUCUCCAGAGCUCUUCAUCAGGAAAGAUGGUAAACAAAGCAAAAGGUACUGAGAUAGUUUGAAAAUAUAACAUCCAGCUGUUACUCAGAUCAGCUGGAUUUUAUUUUUUUGAACAUGGGAGAACAACCCUUCUUCCCAGGUGCAACCUGAAACCAUCUUGGUACCUGGCAAAGCCAAAUUUGAAUGUCUCUUCCCCCGUUCCAUCUUAAGGCUGAAACUAAAUGCAGACUCCACGGCUUGCCCAUCGGCCAUUUUUUCCCCACUGCCCCCAGCUUUUUGUUAUCAUCUUACCUGAUGAGGGGUUCUGGAGAACUUGAAAGCUUGCACAGUAUUUUGUGCCCUUUGAAUAGGCCUCAUACUGAUAUUGGACAUUUUCUUUUGGAAGAUAUAUCUCAGUUUCCCCACUCAAAUGAAGAGGCUAUUCCAAGUCUUUGUUUCAAAGAAGUGUUCCAAAGAAGUUUCUGUCCAUUGUAACAGAAAAUAAUAAAAUUCAGGAGUUGCGGUAAAGUGAGCUCUAGAGAAAAUGCUGCUUUCGAAAGCUGAUUCAUACUUUUAUUCACCUUUAUAUAACACAAGUGUUUUGUGGUAUAGAGUGAAGUGGGAAAGGCAGAUGUAUCUCUCUCCAAACAUUCAGGUAUGUGGUAGACACUUGCUGAGAAACUCUGGUUGAUUUGUUGUUCGUUGAUACAUAUUUGGAGAUGCAUCUUUCCCUCACACUGGCUACAUUCGCACAUAACACUAAGCCAUGAUUUACAUUAACCCCAGCUUGUAGCUUUAACCAUGAACUGUCUUGUAGACAAGCAAACGAACUGGCUCCCUUACCCCCACCAUUUCUGGUUUGUUUCUCUCCUUUCCAUUUUGCCUGCCUUUGGAACAGUUUGUUUUCAGGCUGCUUUUGCUAGGCACUGCCUCUGUUUCAAAGCAGACAGCAGUGCCAACAAGCCAGGGAUGUCACAGUUCUGGGUUCAGACAUUAUAACGAGCCAAGCUUUAAACAAGGUUUAAACUUUUUAAGCUGGCAACAAACCAUGGCUUUUAUUUGCAAUUUGUAGCUGGUUAACAAACCAUGGUUUGUGGGGGACAAGUAAAGUCAAGACAGAGUUCAACAAAUCACCUCAUGGUUUAGCGUUAUGUGUUUACCACAGUAAUUCCUGUGUUUACCACUGUGUUUACCAUAGUAGCACGGUGUCCUGCAAGUGUGCUCCCAUGGAAGUGUGAAUUGACAUUUGGAUAGCAAAUGCUGAGUGACACUUGUGGAGUCAUUUGUCUUGUUCUUUGUAGCUAUCAGGAAUGUAAGAGAUUGAAGAGAUUUUAGCACAAGAAAACCUCUGAAGUUCUGGUGGCAGUUGGCGAGUGCCCUGUUUUUCUUUUUUUAUGUUGCUACGUUUACAUUUUUCCCAGGUCACUUUAAUAUUUGCAAAAGGUAUUUGAAAAGAAUUUUUUAAAAAAUCUAUUUGCUGUAUAAAAGCAACAAAUCUUUUUUAAAAAAGACCUAAAGUUGAGCACAAGUUCUCCAUCAAGGCAUUUCUGAUUUGCACUUUUGGAGUUUGAAAGGGAAUCGUUUUACAAUCUUAGUAAUGCUGAACAAUGUACAGUGUGAAUGUUACAGCUCAGGUCCUCUUCUAUAUGUUGACAAAUUCCAGAACCAAGUAUUUUCAGUUUAAUAGACAAAAGCUGCAACUUUCCAACUUUGUUAGCUCAAUGGAGAGAAUGUCCUAAGGCCAGGGGGAGCGUCUUUUAAAGAUAUUUGCUUUAAAAGCUGACAGGAUCUAUGUUCUUUCUCCCUGUGUUUCCUCUUAUACACUAAAGGCAUAAACCUGUUGCUAAUGCGUUUGUGUGCAGUCCCAAUUCAUGACAGUGAGGCUUAUGCAAGGGAACGUGGUGGAUUGUACCCACUGGAACGAACCAGCAAUAUAUGCUGCAAACCCUGUAUUCACCCCUUCAUUUACUGUUCCUUGAUGGCUAAAAUCUGAUGCUUUCUCCCUUUCUUAGACCUGUUUUUAAUGAAAUUCUUACUCAUAAUUGUGCUUGGUCACAUUUUAUAUACAAAUUCUUCUUAAAUAAAGUCACCUGACA